UGAUACCUAAGCUCGGGUUUGAUAACACGUUCUUAUCUCGCACUAGAAUAAAUGUCACACGCAACACGAAUUAGUCUAUUCGACUCAAUUAAAUGAUUAAGUUGCGAUCAUACAGCUGCUUUUGUGCGAAAAUAUUCACACUUCACCAUGGCACUGUUGAAUGUUGCCAAGAUUUCUGUGGAGAAACAUGAAUCGAAAGAACAGUUCUUAUACGACUUGGACAAAAAUAAAAGUUUGUGUGAGGUGGUUAAAGACGUCUGCAAAAAGAGUGGAUUGCCAGAAUCACCGGUGUACGGAUUGAAACUCAUCCAAACAAAGGAUUCUGACGUUAACAUGUACAUCUCAGACAACAGUCUUAAGGAUGUUAAGCAUAUGGACUGCUUGAAAAUUGUUUUCUCAAUAGACUACCUUUUGGAGAAGCGUAUACUGCCCUACAUAACUUCUGACGAUGAUUCAAUGGAGAGAGAUAUUUGCUUUGAGGAUUUGAGAAAGUUGGCAACCGACCAAGUUUUUAUAGAAAAGCUAGUGGAAACAGGAAUUCACAAAGUCCUCGUUAAUGUCUACCUACAGAAACAACUAAAGGCUCAAGAAAUGAAGGGUUUACUAAUAACCAUUUACAAUUUACUGAAAUACAAAGGUUUCGAGAUGGAUAUGUCUCAAGAUAUUUUAAGCAAAACUAUGGGGAUUAUCCACAAUUCGAUGGAAAAUGAAAUGGAAAAUGUGAAGUACGCUUUAUCCAUAUUGCACAAAAUACUAACCCAAGAAGACAAAGCGUUUUUAUCUUGGAAAGAACAGAUUAUAGAAAGAAUAUCAUUGAGCACUCUAACACAGUUUAUUUGGAACGAGAAAGGCAGGAGUCUCCAAUAUGAAGUUAUUCUCCUAGUGAACGCAGUCAUAAGACUAUGUAACGGUGAGAGGAGACUACAAAUGAUCAAAGAAAUGAACUAUAAGCAGAACAGAGAUAACAUAUACAAACAUAUCAUAGAAAAUGGUAAUUUGGAUAAAAAAAUGGAGCAUGAACUUUACGUUUUGCAGACAUAUUUGCUUAGUCUAUACAAAGAAGCUCUCGAAACAAACAUUAAUUUGAAUGACAACAAUCUUUUCAACAGAGAAGAUUUUGAGCUUUCUGCAGAUGAUGCCAGACGGCUGUCCGUCUUGAUGGACUUUGAUGAAGCUGAUAGGUAUAUCUAUGCAGCAUAUUCCGCAGAAAACAUACUACCAAGUUCGCCAUUUGAAAGAGUUUCUAUUACUUCUAUUGUAAGCGGAAAGAACUUCAGCGGCAGCUAUCGAAGCUCCGGUAAGAUUAAUAUGGCACAAGAGUUCGAAUGUGGAACAAUCAACUACUUGACGCUGGAAGCACUCAGGCACUACAAAAAGAACUAUAGCAAGAUUUUUUACCAGUCGCAGGUAGAAGAGAAAGUUUAUGAACCAGGGAUAUUUGUGACGAGUGAGAGAAUCAUGAAGAUGCUAGCACAGCUAUUGCAUAUCGGAGUCGAUCCUCCCGAUUCCAAGAGCACAAUGUAUCAACCGAUCGUAUUCAACUGUGCUUCUAGAACACCAUUUCUUUUGGAGCUCUUCUCUAGAACCAUGUGGCUACUAUCAAGGACAAGGCGAGAAAUGAAAGUAUCAACUAUCACAGACUAUCCAAAGGUAAUCCAAGUUUUGGAAAAGCAAUUACAAAUGGUGCUAUCAAGAAAGCCGCACGAUUUCAAAAGAUUGACUGAUUUCAUGACAGAAAUUACAUUUGAAGAAGUGUUAACGCAGUGGCAGAUGGAAAGAGACAAGGAAUUCAAUAAUUUAAUGAAUAAUAAUACCUGUAUAAUCGAACUUAAGGAAUCUUUAUCAAGAGAAAAUGAAGAGUAUGUGAUAAGUCAACGUAUUAAUAUUCUAAAGGAGGGCCAAACAUUUCCUAAAUUUGCAGAAAAGAAAACUGGAAAAUAUAUCUUCGUACAACUAAGUAGGAAUGAAAAGGAGCUCCUGAUAUACGACAUAAUGCAACAUUCAAAGGACAAAGAGCAACUGAGUCUACAAGAGAAAAUCAGUAUAAGUGACAUAACACAUAUUGCAACGGGUCUGAAUUGUAAACACGUACAACUGUGUAAGUCCCCAUCCUUGGCGUUUUCGCUAAUAAUAAACUCUGAGAAACACAUAAACUUUAUUGCAAACGAUGAAAAGAUGGCUUGCUACUGGAUUGAUGCGUUCCAUAUUUUGACUAAUACUUCACGUAGGAGUACCUACUAUCACGAAGAACUAGAUUCUAUAGUUGAAAUGGACCUCAGACUGAAACUUCUUGAUCUCCAAAACGUCGUCAUACCAAAAGUACCCCCUCCUAUUCCUCCACCACCUCCCGAAAAGCCUUCUGUUGCCUCAAGAAAAAGACUAUCCUCGAAUAAGAUAUUUUAAACUACAGUUUGCCUUACGUUUGUAAAGUGUGUAUUUUUAUUCGGAUAAAUAAAUUAAUUUCAACUUUAUUCGUUAGAUAAUAUUAUACCCAAGUGUUAUUAAAUUGGCG